AUGGAUAGGAUACUAUACACAUCGUAUUGCACCCCUCAGAAUGAAAAUCAAGACCCGGAAAAUAUCUAUGAACAAUCAAUUCGCCAAACCAUCGCAGACAAUCUAAACGAGCUUCAAGAGGCAGCCCCUAUAGAGCUCCUGGGUUCCUGGCUGAUAUCGACGCAACCUGCAGAAGUUCCGUAUUUCCAGUACAACAGCAUCACAUGCUCCAUCUGUUUAGAUCCGGUUCUUAGACAUCAUCCAGUUCAUACUCUGCGGUGUCAACAUGUUUUCCAUGAUAUUUGCCUUGAAAGAUGGUUUUUAACAGCUCAUAAUAGCUGCCCACUGUGCCAGAUGGCUUUAGUCGAGGUCUGUGACGUAUGCCAGGACUGUACUGUGUGA